GUCUGAGUUUGAAUCAAAGUCCUUACUAACGCGCUCAAUUUCCAACUCCCCGUGUUUACCUGCCGUCCUGCCCGCUGGAGAUUAGUAAAUCACCAUGGAGGCUCCUUCUUUGGAAGAGCUGGACACCUUGAAGUACUCCGAGCUACGGAGGCUGGCGAAGGCGGCCGGACUGAAGGCCAACCUGAAGGCUGACCGGCUGCUCAGAGCCCUGAAGAAACACUUUCACCCGGCCCUCAUCACCGACAACAAUGGCAGUGAUUCAGAUAGUAACGCUACCCUGACUGAUGACUCGCAAGUCAGACCGGACGAAGAAGAGCAGAUUUCCACGUGCCAUGUUACGCACAGACGUGGUCGGGGGAAAAAGGAAACCCUUGUGGACUCCAGUCCAGAGAUGGAACAUAAAGUGAAAGCCGUUCAGGCAGAUGAAGUUGGGAGCGAUGUUCCUGUGCUGCAGAACCAACAGAGCAGUGAUGGGAAUACAGAAGACACUGCAAGAAGGCAAAGUAAACGCAGGCGCUGUUCUGGUAAAAAAACGGGCAAAAAUAUUCCAAAGAGCGCCGCUGUAUCGAAGUCUGGAUCAAAACCGUCAACUCCGAAUUUCAAGAGGAUGCAUGAGGCCCACUUCAAAAAGAUGGAGUCGAUCGACAAAUACCUGGAAAGAAAGCAGAAGCGACUAGAUGCCAUAAGCAGCUCCAUCCAAGAAGUCAAGAUGCUUACUAAAAACUCUAACCAGCAGAAGACUCCAAGCAGCAAUAGGAAGAAAUCCUUGCAGAAUAGAUUCUCUCUUCUGAGUCCAGUACCACAGAUCGGGAACCUCUUUUCAGCAAAAACACCAGCAAAUCCACAAUCUGGACGCAAAAGGAGCUGUCUGGUUGACAAAUCUGGUGUUAAGCCAUCUACGUAUUCAUCUUCUAAAAUGAAUGUGAGGUUUUCCGGAGCAACAAAGGACAAUGAACACAAGUACUCUCUGGUCAAGACACCUGCCAGGAAAUCUUCUACUUUUGUGCCCAGUACAAACAGUGAACCAAGAAAAAGUUUACCACUGAGCAGCAUCAAAGCCACAAAGGGCCCUGAAGACAUGAACCUUUCAGCAGUAACCACACCUUUCAAAUUUACUGCACAAAACAUGGAAACUCCAAAAGAUGCCAAAAAGAUGAAGUUUGACCUCCAGGCAAGCUUGGCACGGCCCCUAGGAUAUCAGCCGCACAAAGGCAAGCUUAAGCCUUGGGGCGACACUAAAGAAAACAAAGAGGAAGAACCGAGCAAGUCGUCCAUUUUGAAGAAUACCUACAAGCAGCCUCCCGUCUCCACCAGCAGAGACAGCAGGCGUAAACAGCAGGAGCGGGACCGAAAGACCAAGAGGGACAAGACAUUGGGAUCACGGAGAGGGGUAGCCGUCCCUUAGAAAACCAGACUGAUAAUGGACCUUUCCACUGACUGCUUUCCUAAAUUGUAGUCUUCUGGUUUAAAAAAAAAAAGGGAACAUUUUUAUUAAUUGUAUUUUAAUCUUCAUUUUGUUGCUUUUUUUUUUUUAAUACAGCUAAAUAAUGGUUGUUAAAAUAUUGAUGAGGCAGCAGCUAAUGUUAGAAUAAUUUAGAUAUCCUGCUUAAAAAAAAAAAAAGCUUUUAUAAGAAAAAUAAAAGCAGCAUUUUUUGCUUCGGGCUAAGGCAUUUAUGUCCCUAAUUAGUUAGACUAGCAUCAAACUGAUAGAUGGUAAAGUACUAAUACUGUAUUAUCCCAUUUUAUGUUUUCUUAUCGAAUGAUAUGGACAGAGGAAACCUUAUAGAAUGCAGGGAUUGUAAAUGUAUUAUAUGGCCCCCGCCAUCUCGCUGUCAGAUCAAUGUAUGUGACCCUUUAGCAGUAAUGAUUCUUGUACAAUGCAGACAUUUUUCAUUAAUGGUCCUCUGGAACAGGAGCGAUGUGGAGUCUCUGUAUUUCCUGGACUGAACACUGAUGCUGUGUGUUCCUGCCUGACUGCUGGUCUACGGACAGCCAGGAAAACGCAUCAAUCAUUAUGAUUCUGAGUGUAUGUCAUGUGAGCAGUCCAGGAAAUCCACCAUCACACACCCUCAUGGGAAGUAAUGACAGGUCCCAGGGGCCUUUAGGUACUAUGACGAUCUCCUGGGAUUUGCAGCUUCCUGCGCACUGCACUGUGUGGUGAGGUUGGCAGUCUGGCAGCUCCUGGGAUAACCUUUUUCACUGUACCAAAUCUUCUCCAUUUGGAGAUAAUAGUCUGAACAGCUUCCUUUUCACAAAUUAGUGUUUUAAAAAUCUGUAGGCUAAAAUAAGUAUUCCUAUCUGGAAGGUCCACCGGAUAUGGUGCUCUAUGUUGGGGCCCCCAUUUUGCCCCUCACAUCUGCGGCUAUCCAUUUACGUAAAGUAAGCAGGUGCUGUUAUUUACAGAACUCCCAUAGAAGUGAAUGGAGCAGCCACACAGAUCUGAUGGGGGAAGAGGGCCCCCUGGUCUUGUGAUCAGUGGGGGUUCCAGCGAUAGCACCACCCCCUAAUAGUUAUCCCCUAUCCUGUGAAUAAGGGAUAACAUCAACCAACUGGAAUACCCCUUUAAUCCCGCUCUUGGUCUCUAAACUGUGUAUUAAGCAUUUUACAUCUCAUUAGUCUACCUUUGCCUCUACUGGAACAAAAAGAUUAUAUUAAAGGGGUCUAUGGCUUCCUAAUAUUGAUUACCUAUCCUCCAGAACAUCAAUAUCCGUCCAGCGGGGGUCUGAUAUCAGUAGUUUGUUGCAGUGUCCUGCGCUGUCUGAAUGGAGCCAGAAGCACAUUAGUGCAGCACAGGUGCCCUUCACUUCAAUGAUUGGUGGUGGGUGUCAGACCCCCACCAAUUGUAUAUUGUUGACCUAGUGUGAGAAUAGACCCUCAAUAGUUAGGAGCCUAGAGAGUCCCCUUUAACCCACCUCGGACAAAUUUAGCUUUUCAGGACAUAAAAAAAAAAAGGUUAAAUAUUUUUCUUCUAUGUAGCAGUGUUACUGUCCUGUCUGGUACAAGGUGUAAAUGUAUAGUAAAGAUGUAGAUGUUACGGUUCUAGGGAUGCCACAUGUGUGAAUGUUAUUUAUUAAUGGUAACAUAAUAAAUGCCACUUUGCUAAUAUGAA